UAUAUAUAUAUAUAUGCAAAAUGCAUUGUAUGCUGUAUUUAGUUGAAGAGACAUAACUCAUCCAACAAUGUGGGCUCAAUAAAGGGAAAUGUGUAUUUAAUGAGCAGUAUGUCGGCAGGAACAAAUCUGGUAGUUCCUGUUGUGUUAUGGGGCAAAACGGCCCCUACGCAUUGUAUAUCGUGCGUUUUCCUGUCCCGUGAUCAACGAACGUUGGUGACGGGCUGUUAUGAUGGGCAAAUUUGCCUCUGGCAAGUCGAUCCAGACACACUCAAGAUGACUCCACGGUGUCUUCUUGUUGGUCACACUGCUCCAGUUCUGUGUUUAUCCAAAGCUAGCAUUGUAUUGGAUAAUAAUUUUAUUGUUAGCUCAUCAGAGAGUGGUGAAAUGUGCACCUGGGACUUGGUGGAUGGCAAAUGUCGAGAAGUAGUGAAGCUACCAUAUAUACACACCAGUAUCCAGGCGUACCACAUGUGUGGAUGUGAUGAUGUGCGGCUUUUCUGUAAUGGCUACUAUGCUGAAGUACUUGUUAUGGACCCAUUCAGCCUUGAGAUUGUGUUUACUCUGGCAUCACGAGUUAAUCCUGAUUGGAUCAGUGCUCUCCAUGUACUACGGCCAGCAAAGAGGAAAGAUGAUGUUGUAUUAGGCUUGACAACUACUGGUACUGUGAAAGUGUGGACUCUCUUUGGACAGGAAACAAAGAACUCAGAGCCGUUUUAUGAGAAUGAGAGCAAACAGAUUCGUUGUCUCAAUGCUCUUAGCAUGACAUGUUGUGCAUAUAAUCAACGUACUGUGCUCAUUGUUUGUUCCAAGUAUUGGCAGAUUUAUGAUGCUGGAGAUUUCUCAGUAUUAUGUUCUGUUAUAUCUCCACGAGGUGAACGCUGGUUAGGUGGAGACUUUCUGGCUGCUGAUCGUGUUGUUGUUUGGAGUGAUGAAGGGCGAGGGUAUAUGUAUAAGCUGCCAGCAAACAAGCUGAAAGGGAAGAUGGUCUCUAGUAGCAUUGCUGACAGCAAGGACUUUCACAGCAAGUCAGUAGAAAAUGACAAUCCCUUUCUCUAUUGCCUGUUAGCUGUUCCAUCAGAUAAGCCUCUUUCAUGUCCACCAGCUAUGCGAUAUCAUGUUGUGUCACGCCAAGGAAAAAUGUAUAAAUACUUAAUACGAGGUGAUUCAGAGGGCUGUGUACUAGUCUGGAACAUUCCUGAAGUCACCAAUGGUCAGCUGGCUCAAAUAAAGCAAGAAGAUUUUGCGAAACCACCUGCAAUACCACCGACCGUACUUACCAGUUUAGUCAAAGCAUGGGCAGAGAUGAAACCUCCACCUGUAGGAAUACUGGAUCAGUUGGACUCUGGUGAUCAGCCAGGAGUGCGACUGACAGCAAGCAUCUAUCUGCCUCAGCAGAGUCGCCUGGUUGUGGGCCGUGAAGAUGGUUCAGUCAUCAUUGUGCCUGCGACACAGACUGUCAUGUUGCAGUUGUUGCAUGGGAAGCACCAGCAGUAUGAUGACUGGCCACCACACCAGUUGCUGUUGGGUCAUGCAGGACGAGUGAACUGCCUGCUAUAUCCUCACCAUCUGCACCAGCGUUAUGAGAAGUCUCAUCUUGUAUCUGGUGGUGUUGACUUUGCUGUGUGUCUCUGGGACUUGUAUUCAGGCACACUUCUCCACAGGUUCUGUGUUCAUGCUGGUGAGAUCACUCAGCUUCUUGUGCCACCUAAUUCAUGCAGUCAACGUAUCCAGAAGUGUGUGUGCAGUAUUGCAAGUGAUCAUUCAGUUACACUUCUGGGACUUACUGAGAGAAAAUGUGUUGUACUGGCAUCACGACACCUGUUCCCAGUUGUUACAAUCAAGUGGCGUCCUUUAGAUGACUUCAUGAUUGUUGGUUGCAGUGAUGGAACAGUUUAUGUGUGGCAGAUGGAAACAGGCCAUUUGGACAGAGUUCUGCAUGGUAUCAGUGCUGAAGAGGUGCUGUAUGCAUGUGAUGAGAACCCUGCAGCUUCCAGUUCUGGUGAUGUUGGUCUUGCUAAUCCAGCUGUCCACUUCUUUCGUGGCCUUCGCCAUCGUAAUCUGUCUGCAAUCAGACAUGCGACACAGCGAGGAUUACAUCAAUUGCAGCAGCUUCAUCAUGCCACCAAUCCGGAUGGUAGUGACCAACAGAAAAGUCGAGCAUUGCCCCUUAUGAUCCAAGGCCUGCGCACAAACCCCAAAGAUCCAGAGUCACACAUAUUGGUGUUUGACAUUGAGGCACUCAUAGUGCAACUUCUAACUGAAGAAUACAGUACCAUGUCACCUGGUACUUUGGAAGCUCAGGGACUCAUCAACCAAGCAGAGUACCAGAAAGUUGCAGCACUUACACAGUCUGCUUCUCCUGAUGCUCAUAAGAAAAUAGCAGACUUCUUUGGCCGGGUGAAGGACAAAGCUGGUGAUUUGGAGCGGACUCUGAAGGAAAAGGACAGGCAUGGAAUCCUGGCCAAAAUGAAGGAAGGUGCGGAGAAUGUUCAGACCAAACUACAAGCACAUGCUGAGAUUGUUGGUUUCAAACCCAUCCAGGUCGACGGGAAGGGAAAUGAGGUGGGUGAUCAAGGUGGAAGGAAGGUGCGUGGUUUGGAGACAAACACCACUAUGGAAAUUGCUCAACUUCUUUUGUCACUGCUUCAUGCAUGGGGCAUGGAUCCUGACCUUGAUAGGGUGUGUGAAGGUAAAUUGGGUCUUCUUCGUCCAAUGGUACCAGUGUCAUUUGGAGUUCUCUCCAAAGGAGGUUACAUGAGCUUAUUGCUCCCAACAUGGCAAGCAAAAUGUGCCAAUGAACUUGAUGCUGAGAAGCCAGCAAACACAUCUGGCAGUGCUAACUCCUUGGAAGCUGACUUGCCAGUUGAAUUGGUUCGCUUGGAGCGACUUACAAGGCUGUUCACAGCACGCACACACUGGGAGCUAAGUACUACUUUGACCAGUAAUCAUCUGCUUGCAAUUAUUGCAAUGGCGAACACACUUAUGUCCAUGAAUAAUGCAACUUUUAUUCCUGAGCAGGAACGCACUCGCAAGCUUCAUAGGCAGAGUACUCGUACAGCCCUCAACUGGGCCACUAAAGCUGAAGAAGAAAAUGAAGAUCUGUUCACAGCCCAGCAAGCUCAAAUCAAGCAAGGCUGGAGUCUGUUGGCUACUCUGCACUGUGUUUUACUGCCAGAUAAGGUGGUCCAGGCUGGCUCGAAGAACUUCAAGAGACCUCAAGUCGAGAUGAUGGCACGAAGGUGGCAGCACCAGUGUUUGGAGGUGCGUGAGGCUGCACAAGCUUUGUUAUUGGCUGAACUUGGUCGACUGGGACCAAAAGGUCGCAAAGCCCUAGUUGACAGUUGGGCUCAGUUUUUACCAUCCUACAGCUCAGCAGAUACACUGGGGUUCCCUCCUGGUACUCCACAGCCUUCAUCACAGAUGCUGACAGUUCCAUCAGCCCAGCAAGGAGGCUCUUCCCAGCAGACACUAUCAUCAGGUCAACAGGGCAGCAAUGGUUCAGCUCCUGGCCACCAGACAGAGCAACCACAGCAUGAGGAUGAAGACGACGAUGAGGAGGAAGGAACAGAGGAAUAUUGUGUGCGAAAACCUUGGAGCGUGGCGGAGUUGAAACGUAAGCAGACAACUGCAGUGGUGCUUCUUGGAGUGAUUGGAGCAGAGUUUGGCCAAGAUGUGAGUGAUGGCAGCACAAGGCGAAGGGCUAGUGAAGAUCAGAGGCGCAAGAGUUCUGUUGUUGAAGGCUUCGGCAUAGGCAAUAAUAAUCUUGCCCGGCUGACAAGUCUUGCUCUUACCCACUUACUCUUAGCAGCACCGUCUUCACGGCUACCUGCACACACACCUCUCCGAAGGGCUGCCAUAGAUUUGAUUGGUCGGGGUUUUACAGUAUGGGAGCCUUAUCUUGAUGUAUCUAAAGUUCUUCUUGGGCUUUUGGAAUUGUGCUGUGAAGCUGACAAACUCAUGCCAAGCAUGACAUAUGGACUGCCACUGACACCAGCAGCUGAUUCAUGCCGUACAGCUCGUCAUGCCCUCACCCUCAUAGCCACAGCACGUCCUGCCGCCUUCAUUACUACCAUGGCAAGGGAG